GGAACGCCGGGGGCAUUUGCCGGAGACACCGCGCGCGGCCGGAAGUGUGGCCGCCGGGGGCCGAGCCGCCGGGAUCUCCGCGCCGGGUCGUGGCGACGGCGGCGGCCCCGCGGCGACGGGAGGACGAUGAGGCGCGACGGCAGCGGCGCGGGGGCUUCCGGCAGAGCGGCCGACGGCACGGCCUGCCCGCGGGCCUGAGUGAGUGAGACACCCGCAGAGAGCGACCAUGGAGAAGGCCUGGCUGCUGUGGCACUUUGUGGGAAGAUGGCUCACGGCCCUGGCCUCGUGGUCCUGGGCACUGUGCCGCAUCUCUCUCUUACCUCUGAUAGUGACCUUCCACCUCUACGGGGGCGCCCUCUUGCUUCUGCUGAUAGUCGUGUCCAUCGCCGGCAUCCUCUACCGGUUCCAGGACGUCUUGCUGUACUUCCCCGAGCAGCCGCCCUCCUCACGCCUGUACGUCCCCAUGCCCACGGGGAUCCCACACGAGAACAUCUUCGUCAGGACCAAAGAUGGGGUGCGCCUGAACCUCAUCCUGAUCAGGUACACGGGAGACAGCUCCCCCUACCCCCCCACCGUCAUCUAUUUCCACGGGAACGCGGGCAACGUGGGCCACAGGCUGCCCAACGCGCUGCUCAUGCUGGUGAACCUCAAGGUGAACCUGCUGCUCGUGGACUACCGGGGCUACGGCAAGAGCGAGGGGGAGGCGAGUGAGGAGGGCCUCUACCUGGACUCGGAGGCUGUGCUGGACUACGUGAUGACCAGGCCCGACCUCGACAAAACCAAGAUCUUCCUCUUCGGCCGUUCCCUGGGAGGGGCCGUGGCCGUCCACCUGGCCUCCGAAAACUCGCACAGGAUUUCAGCCAUCAUGGUGGAGAACACGUUCUUGAGCAUCCCGCACAUGGCCAGCACUUUAUUCUCCUUCUUCCCCAUGCGGUACCUCCCCUUAUGGUGCUACAAGAAUAAAUUUCUGUCCUACAGAAAGAUCUCCCAGUGCAGAAUGCCUUCUCUCUUCAUCUCUGGACUGUCUGACCAACUAAUCCCGCCUGUUAUGAUGAAGCAGCUCUAUGAGCUGUCCCCGUCGCGGACUAAGAGAUUAGCCAUCUUCCCCGACGGGACUCAUAACGACACAUGGCAGUGCCAGGGCUACUUCCCUGCCCUCGAACAGUUCAUCAAGGAGGUGGUCAAGAGCCACUCGCCCGAAGAAAUGGCAAAGACUUCGUCCAGUGUAACAAUCAUAUAGCCGUUCGUCUUCUUGGUUGGUGCACUGUAUUUUAAUUUGUGCAGAAUGAUGAAAGAAUGUUCUUCCUUUUUAGCAGCCCGUUAAGUCUGUACUUGUCUGCAGAGUGGCAUUAAACUUUGAAAGGAUGUCAGUGCUCCUUUGAAAUGAUCCAAAUAGUUUUUUUUUUUUUAAUAUUCAGAAAAUUUAGCAUUCUCGGGAUUAUUUCACACAUUCUCAUCCUUGCAAUGUGGUGGUGUGGCGGUGUUUUUAGUUUAAUAGAAUAGCGCAGGAGCAUAUUGUGUCCGAAAGCUUCUUGUCAGAGUGGCCUGACCCAGGUGACACUUAGAUUAGGUGUGGAGGUGACUGGGUGUGGAGGGACAUAGGCGGACGAGAAGCCUCUGGGUGCUCUUCCUUCGGUAGUGAAGAUCGGGACAAUCAUGGUAAGCAAACUUAGUCGUGUAACUGCAUCUUCCACCUUAAAAGUCCCAAUGAAAUGCAUGGCGGGAUUUUCUUUCUUGAAUUAUGCAAUGCAAUUUUUUUUUUUAAUGUAAAUAGCACUGGUGAGUUAUCUAUGUAUAUGGUAAUCUGGGUUAUAUCUAUUUUUCUGUAAACUCUAUUUUUGGUUUGGGCAAGAAAUGAAGUUGAGGCCUGUGUCGCUCUGGUGAACGCUGAGGUCUAACUUUUUCUUACGAAUAAAAGGAACCCCAUUUUUCACUGGAAAUGUACUACCGUGUUUUGUUAAGUACAGUCAUGGUAUGUAAAAAAAAAAUUUAGAACUUUACUGCAGCUUUGAUGUGCAUAUUUGAACUUUUUAACAUUUGUAACUUUCGUGGCAAAGAGAAUUUUAGCUUCCGUCGAUUUUAUAAGUAUAUGAGCCACUAAAAGCAGACACAGUGAAGACUAGGACUUGUUUAAGAAUCAGAUGAGGAAGUCUUGUCAUUCCAUGGUUGUACAUACUGUCUCACAAGGUUUCCCAUAUUUGAUUGAUUUUUAAGUCCCUUAUCUCAGUAUCACUAUCUCACUAAAGCCAAAAUAGCAUUGAUUGGACUUUUUCAAAGCAAAAGUUACAGAAGCAAAAAGAGCCAUGUUCUUUGGUUGAAGGUUGCAGUUGCUAUGAGACGGUUGCUAUGAAAUAGCACUCCUGCAUCACAGGACAGUUUUAGGGAGCCUUAUUUAUUUUAUGGAGGAGUGUGGGAAUGGAGAGAGACUGCAGCUUUUUAAUCACAGAGCCUAUUACCAUAUGUAACAAUUAAGUAGCUGUAAGUGGGGAGUAGAAUUUGGACAACUAGGAGAGAGAGAGAGAGAGAGAGAGAACCUUACUUCAAAGAAAAAGACCCUAAAAACUUGCAGGUUCUACCUUAAAACUCUCUAAGAGGCAUACUUGUGCUAAGUUGUUUCAAGUGGCCCUCAAGAGUUAGAUAGGAUUGAGCCCUGUAAAUUAUUGUCACUUUAACAUGCAAUAUUUUAAAUAGAUUAGUUACAUUUAUUGGCUUUGUGCACACAGCUAGAGCAGAGAAAUAAUGGGUCAAUAGUGACUAUAAACCAUCCAUGGAAAUAGGGCUAGGAAUACUUUUGCCAAAUGACAUUGUUAUCACUCACGUUAUGUCAGUAUUUAGGAAAAAACAAAUUCUAGAACGUGGUUUCUGAAGAAUAAUGUUUUUCUAUAGAUGACCAUACAUUUUUUUAAAGAGAAAAACAGUUGGCAACUCAUUAUGGAAAGUGUAUUUUGUAUGUGUCAAAAUUCACAAUUAAAGGUUACUUUUCAUCUGUCAA